AUUUAAUGCCUCAUUUGAAAUUUUUUCAUAAAAACUUGCCAUGCUAAUUUCUUUUUUCUCUUUUCAGAUGUGGGACAAAUUCAUUUUUUUUUUUUUCAGUCAAACUUGCCAUAAAGUCUUUUCUUUUCCCAUGACUGACAUCAAAUCACCCAUUAAUGCACUUUAAUACAUACUCAUCAUCUUAAUCAAUUAAAUCAACAUUUUUGCAUCAAUUUCCAAAGUGCCUUCCAUUUCCAAAAAGAACAAAAUCAGAAGGAAGAAUCUUUUGUGGCCAGGCUGCCAUUUUUGUGGGAGUUGUUGCUUUCUUCCCCUUUAUUUCACUUGGCAAUUGUGGUGAUUUAUACCCCCCACUGUCACAAAAAGAUGACACUUCUUUUUUUGGGUUGUCACUAACUAUCAAAUCAUAUAUGUUCUCUUCCCAUAACCCAAAACAUAUUACCACACACAUUGCCCAUAAAACAAAUUUCCCAUUUAUUCACCAUUUUUCUUAGAAUAGAACUCUCCCAUUUUCCCAUCAUCUCAAACAUGCAAUGAUCACAAUGUGUAAAUUAAAUUAGUCCACUUAAUUAUGAUUAAAUUAUAUUAAUAGAAGAUUUAAGAAAAGCAAGAAAGGUAAUCAUCCAAACAUGGCAGAUGAAAUGAUAUAAAGAGGGUAGGCAAGCUUGAUAGUCCAAGAAAAAAAGGGUCUACAUCUGGAAAAGGCAAAAGAGAAGAUUGUUAUAGGAAGGCAAGUUUUGUUUCCAAAGAAUGAAAAAGAAACAGCUAAGUGAAGGUGUGAAUGUGAGUGUAAUAUCCAUAAAAAAUCAUUAAAUGGGGGUGUGUGGUUUGUGGAUAUCUACCAGACCAACUCAUUGACAAAAAAGAAAAAGAAAAAAAAAGGAAGUUAUAAUCCCCCAUAACUAUCUGCCACAUCCACAACAACCCACUCACUAACUCACCAUUUACGGCAAUGCUGCACACACAUAGAAACAUCACGCUCACAUCCAGAGGAGAAUCCUUUGUUUCCUUUUUGGGAGAGGAAGCAAAGAAAUAAAUGUCGAGAGAAAUGGGAGGAAAAAAAUGGGGUUGGGCUUCAUCCGCAGAGGAUGCUCUUGUGCUGGGUGUAUGGUGAGAAACUAUCUAUCCCAAUGAGAAAAACCCAGGAUAUAUGUUUUUGAUGAAAGAGGAUGAUGGAGCGGUUAAUCAUGAUGUCUCUUCACAAAAUUUGAUUUGUGAGGAGGGGUGCUGCUAGAAUCACUGGUACAAUCUUUCAAAUGAGUUCAAGGUGCAGUUGCAGUGGAAAUCCUUCUAUCAAACUGAAUUCAUUCUCCAAACAAGCAGUUGAAACUUUGAUGAUAAGUGGGUCUAGUCAUUUAUGGUCGGACUCUCCUGGGGAUUGAGCACAUAGUUAUAUAGUUGUGAUUAUAUCCCCAAGUACUAACAUGAGUGAAGACCUGAAAUUUCAGCAGAGGUGGGAGUUCAGGAGGAGAGACAGCGAAGUUGAUUCUUCAAGUGAUAAUUCCAAAUCGAGUUCCAGUGGUGAGCCAGUUCUCAAGAAGCACAAACUGGUUUCCUCUCUUAUUUCGCCUGAAAAUGAUGAAACCAGUGGUACUCCUAGAUCUCAAGCAGAAGGUAAGUCUGAUCGUAGUUCAGGGGAUCACUUCAAAAUUGGGAAAGCUAACAAAAUGCAGAUUGGAUCAAGCAAGAGGAAUAAUUUAGAUAGUAAAGAGACGAAGAGGGAUUCUUUCAAGAAAGUUAAUAAAAAGAAGAGUAAGAGCAAUGCAUGUGAUCCUGCAACAUUGGAUGAUUUUAAAAUCUUCAUGGAGUCCUUAUUAGAGGAUCUUAAAGUUGCAAGAGAAAACUUGUUUGUUUGGAUGAGGGAAGAAAUGCAUAAAUUGAUGCCUGAUGGUACUAAUUCUCGGUCAUCAAGGAGAGGGGGUGGUUGUCGGCAGGAGAACGUCCAAGUGCAGCAUCAGAACAACUUUGUUUUGGGCUUGGAAGCUCAAAAUUGCAAGGGAGGAUCUUUAGACAGGUUUGUAAAAAGGACAGCUAAUUCUACUGCAAGGUCAGCAAAGAGAAAAAGCAGUAAUGGGCAAGAGAACAUCCUAGCACAACAUCAUGCUAUCUUUGAAUCAGGCAUGAAAGCUCAGAAUUGUAAAGUUGGAUCUUUAGAGAAGUCUGUAAAAGGCAAAAAGAAGGUUGGUUCUGGUACGCAUCCAACAAGGGGAGGACAGGGGAAUGGCCAAGUGCAGCACCAGGACAACUUUGAAACAGGCUUGGAAGCUCAAAAUUGCAAUGAUAGAUCUCUGGAGAUGUCUAUAAAAAGCCACAGGACUGCUGGUUCCAGCAUUCCAUGUGAAGUCCCUAAAGAUCAAGUUGACCAAGGUCAAGCUAUUGGACCCUUGACAUCAACUGAAAGGAACAAAGGAGAAAUGUUGGAUUUAUCUGCUACAAGGCCAAACUUCUUGUCCAAUCCCUCUGAUCAAGUAGCUUCUUCGAUGUAUUUGACCUUACCUACUGUUCUACCUGAGCCCUGCUAUGAAAACUACAGGCUUGAUUCUUCCUUUUGCAAUUAUAUUCAACCAGGAAUUGCUGGGAACAAAAUGGCCAUGACUUCAGAAAGAUCAAAUCUAGUACCUAGUGCAAGCUUUCAUCGUGGAAACUUUUUAGGCAUCCAGCAAGAAGAGAAAAUCGGAAGUUUUUCUCAAAUGGGGUCCAGAAAUGUCAGUGGUAUAGACCAAAAUAGCAUUCCAACUGCAAGUUUCAGUGCUGGGUUUCCCAUUCCACUUCAUCAGGGUUUGAAUGGAUAUUUUAACAUUCCAAAUCAAGUUGGUCUGGAGAAUCUACCCCGAGAGAAUAACAUAUUGGGUCUAAGGAUGAAUGGAGGAGCCAUAAGAUUCUCUGCUGGAAGUAAUGCUUUUCCAGAACAUUUUGUUGCCAAUAAUUUGCGCAGCCAUUUGAAUUACAAAGCUGAUGGUGGACUUAUGGCAUUUCAAACCCCAGACAUCAAAGACAGUCAUCUAUUCCAAAACUAGUGUAAUGGGGAUGAACAAGAGAUAGGAAUCAGAAUUCUUAAUCAGAUGCUUUCAAAUAGAGCUUCUAAUGCCUUGUUUCUUUGUUCUUGAAAAGAAAAGAAUGACUUAAAAAGCUCCAAUUGAAUAGCUGUUUCUUCUAUAUUUGUUUGAAUUGGGAACAGAGGUUCUAGUUUCAUUGUUUUUACUGUGAUUCUGUUCUUAUUAAAGAGUUAGCAUUUGUUGAUUGCUUAGCCACUUUUUCAGUUUAGAGGGAAAUGGCAGAAGAAGGUAACUGUGGCAUAAUCUAAGUAAUAUUGAUUGUUUGUGAAGUUCGUUUCUAUCUACA